UUUAAAAAGAGAGGCUGCAUUCUCAGACUGACACUUAUUCAACACUGCCACCCUAAGCAGAUUACUUUUGCGCUUGCCUGUGUCAAAUACGUAGUUCACAUUGCCUCUCCAUCAUGUUUAGGAUGCUGAAACACCACCUCCACCCGGGCAUUUUUCUCUUCUUCAUAUGGCUUUGUCACCUCAUGGAACAUCAAAAAGUUCAAGCUGGGAACUGCUGGCUGCAGCAGGGGAAGAACGGGAGGUGCCAGGUGCUCUACAUGCCCGGGAUGACCAGGGAGGAGUGCUGUCGGAGUGGAAGACUGGGGACGUCCUGGACCGAGGAGGACGUCCCCAACAGCACGCUCUUUAGGUGGAUGAUCUUCAAUGGCGGAGCCCCAAAUUGCAUACCUUGCAAAGAAACCUGCGAUAAUGUUGACUGUGGGCCUGGAAAGAGGUGCAAGAUGAACAGAAGAAGUAAGCCGCGCUGCGUGUGCGCGCCAGACUGCUCCAACAUCACCUGGAAAGGACCCGUCUGCGGCUCAGACGGGAAGACCUACAAAGACGAAUGCGCACUGCUGAAAGCUAAAUGUAAAGGCCACCCAGACCUGGACGUGCAGUACCAGGGAAAGUGCAAGAAAACGUGCCGUGACGUCUUGUGCCCCGGCAGCUCCACAUGCGUCGUGGACCAGACGAAUAACGCGUAUUGUGUGACGUGUAAUCGGAUUUGCCCUGAGGUGACGUCGCCUGAGCAGUACUUGUGUGGAAACGACGGGAUCAUCUACGCUAGCGCGUGUCACCUGAGAAGAGCUACCUGUCUCCUGGGCAGAUCCAUCGGAGUGGCAUAUGAGGGAAAAUGCAUCAAAGCCAAGUCGUGUGAGGACAUCCAGUGCAGCGCAGGGAAGAAGUGUCUGUGGGAUUCUCGGAUGAGCCGAGGCCGCUGCUCGUUGUGUGAUGAGGCCUGUCCAGAGAGCAGGACGGACGAGGCGGUGUGUGCCAGCGACAACACCACAUAUCCCAGUGAAUGUGCCAUGAAGCAGGCUGCUUGCUCUAUGGGGGUGCUGCUAGAAGUCAAGCAUGCAGGAUCUUGCAACUGUAAGUAAACAAUAAAAGAGAAAAUAUGAGAAGAAUGAAAAAAAAACAUCCCUGUCAUCCCUCUCUCCAAGCGAAAGACAAUAUUUCAUGUUGCUUCCCCCAGCAGAAAACAUCCCCUGAAAGUGCCCCCCCCCCCCCCCCCAUCCCAACUUUCCCAAAACUCUUCCCACCCCUCAGCCACACCACCAAGCGCAGCUUAAGCAAGCAAAAUGGACUUGGGAAUAGAAGAACUUGCAUGAUGUUGUCUUUGUUGCUGGCUUUUGUUCUUGUGUUCUUGUUAUUUUUUUCUAUUUUAAUUUGACUCUUUUCAAUUCUUCUGCAAAACAAAAAACAGAAAAGUGAAUGAAAAGGCAUAAAUAUGUAUCAGCAGACUCGAUCUAAAGGUCUGAGGAAAGCUAACCCGAUAAAAUAAUUACAAAUAAUAAAGGAAACUAAUUUUGUUUGCAGUGGAACAAUCCUGAUAUUUAAAUGUCUAGUUAACUUUUUAAUCGUUUGAGAGACCUGCAGGAGCAGGUUGCCUUAAAUAUCAUGCAGUUUUUAAUCAGUAAUGGAUUCUUUAUUAUGAGUGUGGUCAAAUCUUUACAGCUUGUAAAUUCUAUGGUCACAUUUGCUAAUAUCAAGUUAUUGGUGUAUUUGUGUUUUAUAUUAUGUUUUUCUUGCUUUUCUUGUUGCUUUCGGCUGUUAUCAAUCAAUCAAAAUGCACUGCCUCUUGUGACAUACACCUCACUGCCAACAUGUCGAUAAGGACAGAAUACCUUUAAAUAUAUGGUGUGCAUAAGGUGAUUGUAACAUUGGUGCCAUGUAAGUGAUAAUUAGAAGGGAUUUUAAUGCUGGUUUUCAUGUAGACCUCUUUGUCUGUAGCGCCACUCAUGCGCUCUUAAAUCUGUGGGUCAAACCGUCAAAUUGAAUGAUGGCCUCAAGGAAGUAUCAAAUUUACAUUCCAAGACGAGGGUUUGUUUCUUUCUCCUGGUUGAGUACGUAAAUGUGAUGUACCUAAGGUAUGCAAUUUAAUCCAAGGGACCAACUUUAUGAUCACCUCAUGAGCUAAAUAUAAAUGUGAAAGUUCACAGUUUGCAGGAUAAGCAGAGGAAGCUUGUUGAACCGCGCUCUCUUACUUCUCACUGAAAAUUUUACCCGCUAACUUAAACUGUUCGUGCUGUUUCCAGUGAAUGUAUUGUCCAGAAUAUGUAUCAAAAUGACAAAUCCAUUCGGAUCUAUGAGGGACUGCCUGUGUUUUUUUUUUUCUUUUUCCGUAUUGUCACUCUUGCUCCUGCUUGUGUGCAUAUAUUAUUAUUUUUUGUCCAAUGUAAGAAAAAAAGGAAAUACCUCAGAACUGUGUUGAUGUCCUUUGACCUGCUUGCUAUAAGGCCAGGCUGUGACACAGAGUCCUCCCUCCCUGUUUGUUUGAGCCAGAAACACGAAACAGGCCAAUCAGAGCAAAGAAAUGAUCUAGUACAAGAACACAAGAGCACUUUUCUGUGUUUUGUGUGUCUGCUUUCAGGAAUCUACCCAAAAGAGACCCGAUCCACUGCAACCAUCAGCCCUUUAGCACCCUCCUUCAACCCACCUUGUAUGACCCCCCUUCCCCCCCUCCCCCCCCUCCCCCCCCCAAACCACACAUCUACCCCUAUUCUACAUCAUUCUUCUCUUGAUGCAGCUCUGUCUUGUAAAUGGGAACUGAAUUGGGGAUACCACAGUAGUUGUCAAGUCAUACACAUUUCCUCAAACACAGAUUCAUACAAAGACACAGAUGCAUAUAUUCACACGAACACACACACACACAUACACACACACAUAGACACAGAAAAACAAAAGGGAGAGUGUGUGCCAGUGGCUUUGCUGUGCGUAUAUCUUUUAGAACAUUCAUUAUUUCUGCACUGUUGUGGUCCAUAUUCAUACAACAGCUACCGUAUAUUCUCCCACAUAGCCAUUACAGAAGACCACGAGGAGGAUGAGGAAGAUGAGGACUCAGACUACAAGGCCUUUGUCCAUAUAUCUUCUAUUCUGGAUGGAUAGGCCCCCAUCACUAGGGGAACAGUCCUAGGGCAAGGAAUCAUGUCCAUACUGUAAAUUAUGUGUAUGCUUAUUUAUUUUUUAAAGAAAAGGAAGUAUACAUAUAGUUCAGUCUGCUAGCUGUUUAUUUAUACUUUUUGUGUUUUAUAAUUUAUACUAUUACAAUGUCAGGCUUACUAUCUACCAUGAUAUAUUGUGUUACCACUCAUUUCCCCCCUUUUUUUGUUGUUGUCCCUUUUACUUUCUUUUUUUUUUAUCAUGAAGAAAUAUAUUUGUCCAAAGAGAAGCAGUGUUAUUUAUUUUUCAUGUUACGUGUAAGUAUAAGUCCUCUUCAAGCUGUAAAUUGCAUUCCCUGAGCUGUACAAAUCUGCUUGUUUCUGUCAGAUCUCUAUCACAGAUGUUUAUGUCACACAUACGUAAAUGCAUGUUUAGGCUGUGUGUUUAUUUAUUGGGAAUAUAUCAAUCAUUUUAUGUACAGAAGUGUUUCUGGUUGUUUACAACUCAUAAUAACUGACCAAAGGGAUUAUCUCAAUGGUUUUGCAAAAGAGCAUUGUAAAAGCUGCAACACAGCAGUGAUGAAGUGGAAAAGAAAAAGAGAGCCAUUUGUGUUUCUUUUCUUCUUCUUUUUUUGUUACCCUUCCGUUCUUUCCCCUGUAGGUGUGUUUCCACACGGAGACGACAACUUUAGACAUUAUUCAAUAGCAUUUAUUUUGUGUCACCACAGAACAGAGGUAGAUUUUGGAUGAUACUUGAUUUAUUUUUUUUUAAACAAUGUGCCAUUAACAUUUGUGUGCUGUCUUCUUGCCAAUGUGCUCAAUACUGCUCUCGAAGAGCUUAAAUAGGACUAACGGACUGCAGUACUCCACAUAUAUCAGACUUCAUCACUAUGUUUCUUAUUUUUCUUUUUUAUUUCUCAGAAUGCAUUUUAUUUUCAAACAUCACAAGAGAAAUACAAAAUUCUGUUAUGAAUAUAUAGUUUUGUAUUUUUUAUGUAAAUGUCAUAUGUACAUACAAAGUUUGAUGGUAUUUGUACAGAUAUGAAGAGUGAAUCAAUAAAAGUUUUUUUCCUUAUA